AUGGGCCUUUGCAAAUGUCCUCAACGCAAAGUGUCUACUUUAUUUUGUUUUAAACAUCAUGUUAAUGUUUGUGAAUCGUGUCUUGUUAGUGAACAUCCACAUUGUAUUGUACGUUCAUAUGUAUCUUGGUUACAAGAUAAUGAUUUUAAUCCUAAUUGUGCUCUAUGUCAACGAUCAUUAAAUGAUAGUGAUGAUGAAGAAAUGAUACGUCUGAUUUGUUAUGAUUUAUUUCAUUGGUCAUGUUUAAAUGCAUAUUUUCAUUCAUUUCCAAAUCAUACAGCACCUGAUGGAUACACAUGUCCAACUUGUCAUACAUGUGUAUUUCCACCAGCAAACCUUGUUUCACCUGUUGCUGAUCAAGUACGAGCUAAAUUAGCGACAGUGAAUUGGGCAAAUAGAUUACCUAUGUUAUCAGUAAAUGAUUUAACUUUAAAUCAAGAUAAACAACAUCAAUUAUUAACUGAAACAGAAAAUAAUGGUUAUGUAAUUGUUAAUCCAACUAAUAGUGGCAAUAAUAGUAAACAAUCAAGUGGAUUAUCACAUCAUCCACAUCAUAGAUCUAUCGAUAUGAUACAAGGAACAACAGUAUUAACAACAAGACCAUUACAAAUGGAUUCCGAUGAAGAAGAUAAAUAUAAACGUCGAAGUAUUUUUACAUGGUUAGCACGAUGGUUACGUUCACAGCAAUCAACGAAUCGUAAAGGUGCUUUAACUAGUAAUCGUACACAAAUAUCACGUACUCGUUUUACAAUUUAUAUGAUAUUAGUUGUUCUAUUUAUUUUUCUAACAAUUUUAACAGUAUUAUAUCAUUUAACACGUGGUGAUAAUAAUGAAAAUUUCGAUCGUAUUAAUGAUCCACAAUUUAAUCCAUUAAAUAAUCCAUUUAUUCGUGUUGGCAAUCGUUUAUUAAAAAAUCCUUUAAAAGAUUCAAAUUCACCUUUAAACAACAAAGCUCAAUCAUAA